AUGCUUACCCUGCAGCAGGCGCGGGAGGUGUACCUGGGCCGCCAGGUGCAGAAGGAGUUUCCUCCCAUCGACAGCUUUCCAGGCGGUGUGUUUUCAGGGAUUGUAAAGAAGAUCGACUCUGGAGUGCCGGACAGAGAUGGCAUCAAGUGGGACAUGCUCUUCAGCAUACAGUACGAGGAUGGAGACAAGGAGCACUUGACGGAAGAAGAGCUGCAAGAGUGUCUGGUGGACAGGGCCGCGGUGCUGCGGAAGCGGCGCGAGGUGCUGGCAGCGGCAGCGGCGGCGGCGCAUGCCGGCGAGAAUGAUGAGAACGACGAGGCGGUAGCGGCGGCGGCGCAGCACGCGCGGCAGCUCAUGGUUGGUGUGCUGGGUGAUGCCACGGAGCGCCGCAGGAAUGCGGCGGGCCAUGAGCGGCGCAGCAGGCGUGAGGGCAAGCGGCGCAUGGAUGAGGAGUAUCAGUAUGAGGAUCCGCGGGGCUCCAAGCGCCCGGCAGCAGCAGGCGGCAACGACGCCGCCAUCCGCUCGCGCUUUGGCAUCCGGCAGCCCACGCAGGCGGCGGCCACGGCGGCCGCCAACCAAGCCUCGGAGAGCCAGGCGCGUGCUGGGUGCCAGCCGGCUGGGUGCUGCGCAUAUGAUGCGCAGGGCCGGGCUUAUCACGUCACCUUUGUCAGCGGCACCAACGGCAGCGGCAAGAGCGCGGUGCUGCAGGCGCUGCAGUGCUGCCUGGGCUUCAUCAGGACUGGCGCCGACGAGGCCAUCAUCCGCGUGACGGUGUACAACCGCCCCUACAAGGGCCACGACGCCUACCGCCACGCCCUGUUUGGCGACACCAUCACCGUGGAGCGCCGCAUCUCGCGCGUCGGCGCCUCCUCCUCCUACGCCCUCAAGGACAGCGCGGGGCGGGUGCAGGGGCGGAAGCGGGAGGACCUGGACGCCAUGCUGAGCACGCUGGGCCUCAACGCCGCCAACCCGGUGUGCGUGAUGACCCAGGACACCGCACGCAACUUCCUGGCGGGCAGCAGCAACAAGAGCGACCAGGAGAAGUAUGCGCUGUACAUGGAGGCCACCAGCCUGGAGCAGAUCUCGUACAACCUGGAGGUGUCUAAGGCGCAGGUCAGGCAGAUGGACGAGACCGUGGCGCAGAUACGGGAAGAGUACGAUGCCAUGGUGGCGCACCACGGCGAGCUGCAGAAGAGCAUCAAGGCGCUGGAGGGGAUCCAGGGGUGGCGCCAGGAGGUGGAGCAGCUGGAGCAGGUGCUCACGUGGUCGGUCGUGGACGAGCAGGCCGAGGGGGCGGCCAGGGUGCUGGCGGCGCUGGAGGGCAUGCCUGCCCAGCUGGCAGAGCUGGAGGCGGCGGUGGAGGAGCUGCAGCGGGAGCACGCCGCGCUCAAGCAGGCGACAGAGGACAAGUCUGCGUUCCUGACAAACUACAACAACCGCGCCACCGAGCUGGCGGCGGAGGCGGAGGCGCUGAAGCAGCAGGCCAAGGAGGCGCACCGCGCGGCCCGGGCGGCAGAGGCCAAGAUCCAGCGGCUGCGGGAGGGCCUGCAGGAGGCGCAGGCGCACAAGGAGACGCUGGAGACUGCGGUGAAGGAGGUGCAGGACGAUGUGGUGCAGGCCACGCAGGCAGCUGUGGCGCAGUACCAGCAGCAGCUGGGCGCGGCGCAGGCGGCGGACGACGCGUGCCGCGAGGAGGUGGCGGGCGUGGACGGUGAGUACCAGCGCCUCGCCGCCGCCACCAAGGCCGCCCACGAGCGCAAGGAGGCCGUCAGCAGCCAGUGCUAUGCGGCGGCCAGCCACGUGCAGGCGCUGCAGCAGCAGGUGCAGCAGAUCCGGGAGGCGGGGCGCAGCAAGGCGGCCGCGUUUGGCGGGCGGCCCGCGGCCAGCCUGGCUGCCGCCAUCCAGCGCUCCAAGGCUCAGUUCAGCCGCCUGCCCAUCGGCCCGGUGGGGCAGUACCUCUCUCUGGAGGACCCCAGGCGAGGCGGGCAGGCGGGGGUUUGCUUGUGGCUUGGGGCUGCAUAG